AAGGUUAGAAUAAGUACUGAUUUCGAUUAAAAAAUUUAACUACAUGUAUAUAAAUUUUUAUUUGUAACAAGCUGAUAAGAAAAGUGACAAAAAACAUUAAAAUUUUCACCCAAAAUGGGUACCGAAAAUAUAAUUGAUGAAAAUUUUUCCCAAAACGAUGUUCCCUAUCCCAAAUCUCACUUAAAAAGCGAAAACAUCGGUACUGAUCCUAAUUUCCAACGAAAAAUAGUUUGGAGGAACGUGGUUUUUAUGUUUAUGUUACAUUUACUUGCCUUGUAUGGUUUUUUUCUUGUUAUUACUUUUAAAGUUAAACUACCAACGUUUGUUUGGGGUGUCUUUCUUGCAAUAUGCGCUGGCGAAGGAAUAACAAUGGGGGCCCAUAGGUGUUACUCGCAUAGAACUUUUAAGGCGACUCUAUCAUUAAGAUUAAUAAUAAUAAUUCUGCAAACUUUGGCCGGGCAGAACUCUAUGUAUGUUUGGGUAAGAGAUCAUCGCUUACACCAUAAAUUCACUGAUACAGAUGCAGAUCCUCACAACGCUACAAGAGGUUUUUUCUUUUCUCAUGUCGGCUGGCUUUUGAGCAAGAAACAUCCGUUAGUAAAAGAAAAAGGUAAAACCAUAGAUAUGUCUGAUUUGGAGGCGGAUUAUCUGGUGAUGUUCCAAAAACGAUGGAUCUUUGUUCUAUUUCCAAUGAUAAGUGUUGUUUUUCCAACCGCCGUUCCGAUGUAUUUAUGGAACGAAACGUUCCGGAAUUCUUUUCUCAUAUCGUUUGUGUUGAGAUACGUCGUAGUUUUGAAUCAUACUUGGACAGUCAACAGUCUGGCGCAUAUUUAUGGAAAUAAACCUUUCGAUAAAAAUAUAUUAGCAUCGGAAAAUAGUUUCGUAUCGGCGCUAACAGGUGGCGAAGGAUGGCACAACUACCAUCACGUUUUCCCAUGGGAUUACAGAGCUGCGGAAUACGGUACAUCGUUUUCGUUAACGACAAUGUUUAUAGAAUUUGCGCGAAACAUUGGAGCCGCUCAUAAUUUGAAAACGGCUCCUCGUUAUAUGGUUGAACGAAAAAUAACUACUUCCGGUGAUGGAAGUCAUCCUGGUUACACCAAGAUGGCCAACGGAAAUAGAUCUAAUUAGAGUGAGGCUUUAUCUGUGAUGCUGACUAGAAAACUUGAAGUUAUAACCUCAUUUUUAGAUACUAUUAAUGUUUGAAAUAAUAUAUUGAAGAAUAAAGAAUAUAAAUAAGUAUAUAA